UGUAGUUACUAUACAACAAAAUACUUGCUUAGUUAUUUUUAUAAUAAAAUAUUAUAACUAUACAAAUAUUAAUAAUGUACACGAAAAUUGUUUUUGUAUUCACACUAUAUGUAACCGUUUGUUUCGCAAGAAACUCGAUGCCCGACAAAACGGAUGACAACUUUCAAAACGAUUGCCUCCAAUCGAGUAAUACAUUCCGGGUUAAACACCAUUCACCCGGGUUUAAAGUGGACCCUGCUGCUGUAGCGUACGCACAGUCCCGAUGCGCACUGAUCUCACAGUACCCUGGUCUAUCACAU